AUGUGGGAAGAGAUGGGGUUGCGUCGUAUCUUUCCAAGAUUGCCUUCCAAAUCUCUAAUGCGAUUCAAGUGUGUUCGUAAAUCGUGGUAUACUUUGAUCAGCAAUCCCACCUUCGUGGAAAAUCAUCUCUCCAAUUCGAUGCACAACAAACUGUCGACUUGCGUCCUUUUCAGUCGUUUUGUCCAGAGCGACACUAAUCCUAGCGAGAAGGAACUUGCAUUCUCCUUCCUUUAUCUCCGCAAUGAUUAUGAUGAUGCCGAGCAUAACAUUAAUUUUUUUGUUGAGGACAUCAAAUUUCCACUUUCUUCGGGACAAUAUAUUGGGCUUGAGGUUAUAGAAUCUCCAUAUGUUAUAGGCCAUUGUGAUGGGAUAGUUUGUCUAAAUGAUUCUAGUGGCAACGUUAUUUUAUGCAAUCCAGCAAUCAAGGAAAUCAAACUUCUAGCCAAAUCAGGCCUUCCAGAUUGGUGGGGAUGUGCUGUGGGGAUUGGGUAUGAUCCCAAAUCUAAAGACUACAAAGUUAGUAGAAUUGCAUCUUAUCGGGCGGAAGUUUAUGGUGAUGGUCUGGUUCUUUUUCCUCCUAGAGUUGAAAUAUAUGCCUUCAAUACAGAUUCUUGGCGAGAGAUCAAGAAUAAUUCUUUAGAAACAGAAGCUACUGUCUUGUUUCCUGAUUAUUUCCAGAUGUACUUCCAGGGAAUUUGUUAUUGGGUAGGGUAUGAGCAACCAAAACAAUAUGGGUUCUACGAUGAUGAGGAACAGAAGGCAAUGGUCAUUUUAUUUGAUACGAGUGAUGAAAAAUUUCAUCAUAUAUUAUUUCCUGAUAGUUUUUAUAUGUAUGAGGAGGGAUCGUCAUUUUGUUAUGAAAUGUCUUAUAUUAUGUAUUGUGAUCUGCGCAUUAUACUUUGGAAUGGAUCUAUUGCUCUUUUUGGCAUUAAUCGUUUUAGUGCAUUUCCUGAAUCCUAUGGAGUUUGGGUGUUGGAUGACUUUGACGGUGCUAAGGGUUCGUGGACAAAACACUUGACUUUUGAUCCCUUGGAGGGCAUUAAGUGGGUAUUAGAAUUUUGGAAGAGUGACGAGAUUCUUAUGGUUAACGAAGAUGGAGAUGUAGUAUCUUACACUCUUCAAACUCAGAAUAAGCUUAAGAUUCUUCCAAUGAAUAUCCCAUCUGAUUUCGAAACUAUUGUGUAUAUUAAUAGCUUAGUUUCGAUCACAGGAGGCAACACGCUUGAGAGUGUGGUUAUAUGA